GAGUGCUGGGAUUAAAGGCGUGCGCCACCACCGCCCGGCUCGGAAGUGGCAUUUUUAAGACUAGCUCUGGAGUGUGAGAGCUUCGGGUUAAAUUCUCUCUACUGUCUCCUCAGGAGGCCUGCCCAGGGAAACACUGAUGUCCAGACCCCUCUCAACCUCUGCCUAAGGUUCUGAGUGUCUCUUAGCUCCACUUUGGGCUCUUCUGGGUGUGCCGUCACCCCUUGGACUAGGGGGCCCCAGAGACAGGUGCCCACCCUCUCUGUCCUUUGCCUUCCUAAACACAGAUCUUCUGGGUCUCCCUGGGUGUGGCUUGUCCUGGGAUAUGAGAGAGAGAGAGAGAGAGAGAGAGAGAGAGAGAGAGAGAGAGAGAGUCUUCAGAAGGCGUAUUGUCUUCCUUUGUUUUCUUUUCUGUGUUCUUGGGAGCGCUUGGCCUCUUCCCCUGCCAUUCUGUUUCUGACUUUUCUAGAUAGUCCGGAAAUUCCAACGCUGUGUCCCACCAGCCUUUGCUUUCCUGCUCCUGUCUUACCCAGGAUGCACUAGGUGUGGGCUGGCACCCACCCCACGCUGCAGUGACCAUGGAUCCUGGAGCUGGCUCUGACUCAUCUCUGACUGUGAAUGAGCAGGUCAUUGUGAUGUCAGGCCAUGAGACCAUCCGAGUGUUGGAAGUCGGAGUGGACGCUCAGCUCCCAGCUGAGGAGGAGAACAAAGGACUGGAGAGUGUGGCCGCUGAUGGCCCCCCGAGUGGAGGCUCUACUGAAGCCAGUGAACCUGGUGGUGAAGCUGGGCCGCACGACCCAGACCGUUCUGCAGAAGCAACUGUGAAGUCUCUCCCCGGGAUCCCUCCAAGUCCUGCCCCAGCCAUCGCCACCUUCAGCCAAGCCCCAAGUCAGCCUCAAGCAUCACAGACCCUGACGCCGCUGGCUGUUCAAGCUGCCCCCCAGGUCUUGACUCAGGAAAACUUAGCCACAGUUCUGACAGGAGUUGUGGUUCCGGCAGGGGCGGUUACUCAACCUCUUCUUAUCCCCAUCAGUAUUUCAGGUCAAGUGUCUGGGCAGCAGGGGCUGGCCGUGUGGACAAUCCCUACAGCAGCCGUGGCUGCCCUCCCCGGACUGGCCGCGGCUUCUCCUACCGGGGCAGUCUUCAAGCCGCCUUUAGCUGGGCUCCAAGCAGCUGCCGUGCUGAGCACCGCCCUCCCGACACCUGUACAAGCUGCCCCACCUGUCCAGGCCUCCUCGCCCGCCCAGCCCCGGCCACCAGCUCAGCCCCAGACGCUGUUCCAGACCCCGCCGCCGCCGCUGCUACAGACCACGCCUGCCAUACUCCCGCAGCCCGCCGCCGCCACUGCCGCCGCCGCCCCCACCCCAAAGCCAGUGGACGCCACCCCGCAGAUCACCGUCCAGCCAGCAGGCUUCGCGUUUAGCCCGGGGAUCAUCAGUGCUGCCUCCCUCGGGGGACAGACCCAGAUCCUGGGCUCCCUCACGACAGCUCCAGUCAUUACCAAUGCCAUUCCCAGCAUGCCGGGGAUCAGCAGUCAGAUCCUCACCAAUGCUCAGGGACAGGUUAUUGGCGCACUUCCAUGGGUAGUGAACUCGGCUAGUGUGGCCACACCAGCACCAGCACAGAGCCUGCAGGUCCAAGCCGUGACUCCCCAACUCUUGUUGAAUGCCCAGGGCCAGGUGAUCGCAACCCUAGCCAGCAGCCCCCUGCCUCAACCUAUGGCUGUCCGGAAGCCAAACACACCGGAGUCCCCUGCUAAGAGUGAGGUGCAGCCUAUCCAGCCAACACCAGCAGUCGCCCAGCCUGCCAUGGUCGUCACCAGCCCGGCCCCAGGCAUUAAGCCAUCGGCUUCGGCUCCCAUCCCCAUCACCUGCUCAGAGACCCCAACUGUCAGUCAGUUGGUAUCAAAGCCUCACACUCCAAGCCUGGAUGAGGACGGGAUCAACUUAGAGGAGAUCCGGGAGUUUGCCAAGAAUUUUAAGAUCCGGCGGCUCUCCCUAGGUCUUACGCAGACCCAGGUGGGCCAGGCUUUGACUGCCACAGAAGGUCCGGCCUACAGCCAGUCGGCCAUCUGCCGGUUUGAGAAGUUGGACAUCACACCCAAGAGUGCCCAGAAACUGAAGCCAGUUCUGGAGAAGUGGUUGAAUGAGGCCGAGCUCCGGAACCAGGAAGGCCAGCAGAAUCUGAUGGAGUUUGUGGGCGGCGAGCCCUCCAAGAAGCGCAAGCGGCGUACCUCCUUCACACCGCAGGCCAUAGAGGCUCUCAACGCCUACUUUGAGAAGAACCCCCUGCCCACCGGCCAGGAGAUCACCGAGAUCGCUAAGGAGCUCAACUAUGACCGUGAGGUGGUGCGGGUCUGGUUCUGUAAUCGGCGCCAGACGCUCAAAAACACCAGCAAGCUGAACGUCUUUCAGAUCCCUUAGGGCUUCGUCUCGGCCCUUGUUCCAGCACUUUCUACUCUCCCCUCAGCUGCCGGCUGUCGUGGCUGCAGUGACAGUCCCUGUGUGCAGCUGUGCGCAGCUGUGCGCAGCUGUGCGCAGCUGUGCUUGCCCUGGGUCAUGAGACCUCACCUGUGCAUGUGUGUCAAUGCCUGACUCUUCCGCCCACAUAUGUCACACCCUGGGGAGGCCCAAGGGGCUGCAUGAGAGACCUCGGCUCUGGGCUGGGCACAUGGAAGGAGGGGAUUUGUGAUGUCCUUUCGAAAAGCACUUUGCCAACAUGGUUUCUGAAGGGUGAAUUCUGGUUGGGAACCAGAAAGGCUCUGCCUUUGGGACAGGGCUGUAGCAACUCUUGGGGACCACUGUGCAUUAGCUCUUGUUUUGGGUGGCACUCGCCACCCCUUGCCCUUGGCUCCUCUGUGGUUGUCCCAGUGUGACAGCUCACCCAGGGAGAUCCCAGCCUCACACUGCCCUCCUUUACUUUGUACGCGGGCGCAUCGAACCCUUUAAAGGACCAAGGAGAUGAAAUUCAGAGACGUGUGACUCUCUGUCUGCCUUGACCUCAAGGGCAGAAGGUCCCCGAAGCUGUGAGGUCAGGUGCCGCGAGGUCCCUCCCAGGGUCCUGGGGAUGGCGGGUUUGCACGAAGCAGAACCUUUUCCUCUGCAAGCCAAGUUGGAAGGGGGCAACAGCGAACUCUCCCGUCCUGGAGAGUCUUGGGUCUGUUGUAGGUCUGGAAUUUAGUAAAUAAGGCCAUCUGCCCAGGUUUUAAUCUGACCUUCGUCCAUCCGUGGCUGUCCCCCAACAAAAGAGAGCUCUCAGCCUGGGGACAGUUCCACUUCCGCAGGCAGCUGCAGGGGGCACGGAUACUGGCUUUCUCCCUCUCCCUUAUGCGCAUACCCAUCUCAGUCCAGGACUGAAGUCUCUUUAAAGGAGCAAACUGAACGGUAAGCCAGACAGCAAGGGCCGGAAGUCUGGAGGGGGACAGCAUCCUGAAAGAUGGUGGUCCAGGAAGAUCUCGCCGAGGCGGACUUACCUCGAGUUUCCUCUGUAACUUUAAGUCUUGGAUGUUGGAUUCCUCUCACUCUGUCCGAUUGAGGACUGAGUCUGUGUGUGAGCAACUCCUAUCCCCCCAUCCCCACUCCCCCCCUUCCCCACUCCCCCCCCCACACCCUGCAAUGCUCCUGAGCCCAGAGGGCCCCAGGUCGGCAUGGACUUUGGCCCUGUCGGUGAAGGCACACUGAGGUUGGCGUCAUAUCCAAGUCACUGAGUGAGCUUCCGGCCACAGGGAGGCUGGCCAGCCCUCUCACUUCAGUGUGUCGGCCAGGGAAUGCAGCUCAGCAAUAGAGAACUUAGCAUGUGCAAAGGCUCCAGAUUCAGUUUCUAGCACUGAGGGGGGAAAAAUCAGUAUUUGGCUUCAGGAAUGCAGGAAAGAGCUAAGAUGUUUGCCCGACUGACCCCAGACUUGCCGUGUAGACUGUCCCUGACAGGCAGGGGUUGACCAUUUCACUACUUUUUGGUUUGCUGGGUUUUUUUUUUUUUUUUUUUUUUUGAGAUAGGAUCUCACUUAGCC